AUGGCCAUCAAACUUUUGCUUCAUAUAAUUGCAUUUUACAUGAAAGGAUUUACUCUAAGUAGAAAUUAUUUCCUGUGGCAUGGAGUGCCGGAAUGGAGAAACAAGCUAGCCCUGAAAGACAUCGUAUGGCAAUCACUGGAGCGUAGUAAGAUUUUCUGCUCCUACCGUUGCCUGCAGGACCAGUCAUGUGUUUCGUUUUUCUACCAGAGCUCGACAAGGUACUGCCAGGGCCAUUCCUCUGUGUUUCUACGCCUGUCUGAUGCAAGUAGCCAAGAUUCCCCAGAUACAAUGUAUUACAAAAUUGCAUGUAAAGGGGGGCCUUCCUACAUCUAUGUCCGUGGCGCCAACACCUGCUACAGCGUGAAAGAGAAAAGAGGAUCGUGGUUCACGGCUCAGGCUGAUUGCACUUCCGAAAAUGCAUGGCUUCUGGAUUUGAGUAACGAUCGAAUUUCGUCUCAACUAAUGAAAAAGUUCAAUGAACAUCCCGAUCCUUAUUUUGCCUACUUUUGGUUCUGGAUUGGAUUGACCAUACAGUCAGACGGACACUUUAUUUGGAGUCAUUCACAACAACCACUAAAUGGGUCAGAUUUUUGGUUACCAGGGCAACCAGAUAAUGCUACUGGGAGCCAGAACUGUGUCUACAUGAGGAAUCAUGAUGGCCGAUUUCUUUGGGAUGAUAUAGACUGUUCGAUGGAAUUUAUCGAGUUCAUUUGUCAGUCUGAUGUUGUUUAA